CAGUGACACGGGCGGUGACAGGAGCGCCGAGCUCUCCCCUCUGGGCUGGCAGUGACCCCCGGCAGGGAGCCGGAGCCUCCCCUGCCCUCCGCGCCUCGGCGGGAUGGACGAUCCAGGCCUUUUCCCACCGAAAGCCGCUCCCUGCUGCCCGUAGCCCCUCAGCCGGAGCUGCAUCCCUGCUGCGCCCCGGGAAUCUCCAGCAUUCCCGUCCCUGCGGAUGCUCCGCGGGAGGGACCCCGGAGGGCUUUCUGCAGCGUCACAAAACUUUGCCUCGGCUCCGGAGGAAGGAGGGAUGUGACCUGGAAAGGAGGAACAGGAAAAACGGGAUGUUGCUGCAGCUUGGAAAAGCUUUUUUUGUUUUUUUUGGUGUUUUUUUUUUUUUUUUUUCCCCCUCCUUGUCUCAGGAUCGCUGCAAGGGAUUAUACAAACGAGAGCGGGAAGCUGCAGUCCAGGGGGGUGCCAGAAAUAGAUUUAUUUCUUUCUUUCUCCUGCUAGAAAUGAAGAAAUUUGGGAGCCCGUAGAGGCUGUGCCACAGGCACCCCCACUUUUUUGCUUGCCGAGGCAUUUGCAUUCCUCUGGAAAGUGACAUCCACCUGCAAGGGGAGUUGCCAUGUAAUCCCAAAGAACAAAAACUCCUGGAAACAUCUCCGUGCCGCUGAGCCAACUCCGGAGAGCCCCAAGUUUGGAAUAAGCAGGACGUGUCCUGGCUCUUUUCGGAUGCGAGAGGAGAAGGAUCGGCCGGGAAGAUGUUAAAUAUUAAUAUUUUACCCAAUCGCCGCCAUUCGUGGAUUUGCUUCGAUGUGGAGAAUGGCCCGUCCCCGGGGCGCAGCCCGCUGGACCCGCAGGCCAGCUCCUCGUCGGGACUCGUCCUGCACACGACAUUCCCGGGCCACAGCCAGCGCCGGGAGUCGUUCCUGUACAGAUCCGACAGCGACUAUGACCUCUCACCAAAGACCAUGUCCAGGAACUCCUCCCUGCCGAGUGAACAACAUGGCGACGACCUGAUCGUCACACCUUUUGCCCAGGUGCUGGCCAGCCUAAGAAGCGUGAGGAACAACUUCACGCUUCUCACCAAUUUACACGGCACCUCCAACAAGAGAUCUCCAGCCACGAGUCAGCCACCUGUCACCAGAGUGAACCUGCAAGAGGAGCCCUACCAGAAGCUGGCCAUGGAGACGCUGGAGGAGCUCGACUGGUGCCUGGAUCAGCUGGAGACCAUCCAAACCUACCGCUCCGUCAGCGAGAUGGCAUCCAACAAGUUCAAGAGGAUGCUGAACCGGGAGCUCACACACCUGUCCGAGAUGAGCCGCUCCGGCAACCAAGUGUCCGAGUACAUUUCCAACACUUUCCUGGACAAGCAGAACGAUGUGGAGAUCCCUUCUCCCACGCAGAAGGACAGGGAGAAGAAGAAGAAACAGCAGCUCAUGACACAGAUCAGCGGGGUGAAGAAACUAAUGCACAGUUCCAGCUUGAACAACACCAGCAUCUCACGGUUUGGGGUGAAGACGGAAAAGGAAGAUCACCUGGCCAAGGAACUGGAAGACCUGAAUAAGUGGGGCCUCAACAUCUUCAACGUGGCCAGGUACUCCCACAACCGCCCUCUCACCUGCAUCAUGUACGCCAUCUUCCAGGAGCGGGACCUGCUGAAAACCUUCAAGAUCUCCUCGGACACGUUCGUGACGUACAUGAUGACGCUGGAGGACCACUACCACUCGGACGUGGCCUACCACAACAGCCUGCACGCCGCCGACGUGGCGCAGUCCACCCACGUGCUGCUCUCCACCCCUGCCCUGGACGCUGUCUUCACGGACCUGGAAAUCCUCGCUGCCAUUUUUGCGGCUGCGAUCCAUGACGUGGAUCACCCCGGGGUCUCCAAUCAGUUCCUGAUCAACACAAAUUCCGAGCUGGCCCUGAUGUACAACGACGAGUCCGUGCUGGAGAACCACCACCUGGCCGUGGGCUUCAAGCUGCUCCAGGAGGAGCACUGUGACAUCUUCCAGAACCUGACCAAGAAGCAGCGCCAGACCCUCAGGAAGAUGGUGAUUGACAUGGUGUUGGCCACUGAUAUGUCCAAGCACAUGAGUCUGUUGGCUGAUCUGAAGACGAUGGUGGAAACUAAGAAGGUGACCAGUUCAGGAGUUCUCCUUCUGGACAACUACACGGACAGAAUACAGGUUCUCCGGAAUAUGGUACAUUGUGCAGACCUGAGUAAUCCCACAAAGUCCCUGGAGCUGUACCGGCAGUGGACGGACAGGAUCAUGGAGGAGUUCUUCCAGCAGGGAGACAAAGAGCGGGAGAGAGGCAUGGAAAUCAGCCCCAUGUGUGACAAGCACACGGCCUCCGUGGAAAAAUCCCAGGUGGGAUUCAUUGACUACAUCGUCCAUCCGCUCUGGGAGACCUGGGCUGACCUGGUGCAGCCCGAUGCCCAGGACAUCCUGGACACUCUGGAGGACAACAGGAACUGGUACCAGAGCAUGAUACCUCAGAGCCCGUCCCCUCCCCUGGAGGAGCGGGGCCAGGACUGCCAGGGCCUGAUGGAGAAGUUCCAGUUCGAACUGACGCUGGAGGAGGAGGAUUCGGACGGGCCGGAGAAGGACGGCGAGAGCCUCGGCUACUUCAGCAAUACAGAGACGCUCUGCGCGGCCCGGGCCGGGGAGGAGGAGCCGCCGAGGGAGGCCACCAUCGAGAUCGUGACAGAAGACACAUCUCCCGCCGACACAUAAUGGCCCGGCCCCGCGGGAGCGGCUUUCAAACACUUGCGGAGCUUGCGAGCGGCCUCCGACCGCCCCUGCAGCCGGGGCCGCGGCCUCUGCCGGGGGGUGACAGAUCCUCCAGCUGCUGGAGAUUGGAGUCAGGGUUACAGACGGGGUGGGGAACGAUUGCUCAGGAAAUGCACGGGUGAUUUGCGUCGUGGUUGGAGCCCCGUCAGCCGAGAGCACCGCCCGGUCCCGGGGCCGGCUUGGGCCGGGCCCGCGGCGGCGCUGACGCGCGGCCGAGGGAUUUUAUACUGUUAGUCUUGGAGUUUGUACCGGUUAGGCCGAUAGAAACUACUGAUCAAUAACUCAUAUCCGACCUGUCCACCCGACCACCUGUCUGCAGACCUGUGUGCCUUCUUUGUAAACACUUUCAUGUCUUUUCAAGAGUCUCUUGAUCCAACGCACGGAGCUGGGUAGUCCAAAAGCGACGCGAGGUGUUUCGGAAUCGACGGCUACUUUUUUGGAUUCUUCCUGUUACCAGAAGCAGUCUUCCUGGUUUUGUUUUUUUUUUCCACGGGCAAUACCUGUCACUUUAUUGCAGUUAAUCACUUUGACAGACUAAACAGAAGGGGAAACCCUCUGCUUUGCAUUACUGCACCUUCGACGUGUUCCUAAUCCCCCCGGUGACCCGUCGGGAGUCACUCGGCGCCGUUCCCUCGCUGGGAACGGCGGGAUUUUUUUUCCUCCCCGGGGUUUGGGUUUGUGGUGAGCAGGACAGAGGGCAGGGGGUUUUUUUGUUUGUUUGUUUGUUUGUUUUUUCCCCCGGCACAGCUCAGUCCAUCCCUGAGUAAGCGUGGCAAGGCAGCGUGUGACACGCCUUCCCCCUCGGCAGCUCCCUGGUAUUUGCACGCUCGGAUAUUUGUGUUUUUCUCUGGCCUCUCGUCCACGUUCCCUAGGUUUAGGUCCACCAUCCUCCUCCUGCACUGCCUCGAGCUCUACCACCUCCAUUACUGUUUAUAACAGUGUAUUUAUUACCUACUGUACAUACUGUAAUGUUUUGUAAGUUAUUAAUUUAUAUGAAUUAGCAUCGCCUGUCGGCGGCGAUGUUAAUGGGGUAGAAAACUCGGAAUAAGAGUUGCCUUUUUUUUUGUUUUGUUUUUGUUUUUUUUUCUUGUAACCUUUUGUAUUGCAUAAAGUCCAAGAACCUGAACAUAGCUGAAGAGACAGACACAACCCAGGAAGGGCAUUCGGGUGGCAGCCGCCCGUGGGGAGGGGACGCCGCGUCCCAGGGCAGCAAAUUUGGGAAUUUGCCAGGAAGGCGGAGAGGGGGAACCGAACAAAGAACUCCCCGCGCCCCCCGGGCCUGGCUUUUUUCAAUGUCACAAUGUUACCAAUUUCCAAACAACCCAAUGUGAAUUUCUAUGACAGAAAACAAAAAAAAAACACCAACAAAAACCAACAAAAAAAUGUGAACUGAUGUAAUAAUUGUGCUGUGAAACUUCCUCUGACAAAGCUUGUCCGGCAUCGUGAGCGGUGUCAAUCUCAGUUUGUAAAAUACGUUUCAAGCUUUCUGGUCCAACUCGUGACUGAUUAGUUCAUGACAAUAGCACAGUUGUGCAUGAUCAAUGGGUUUGUUUGUCUGUUGAACACUGCAUUGUUCCAGGUGGUUAUUUUAUUGUUCCCCAAAGUUUCACACUAUGUAUGUUAUAGUAUUCUAUAUUGUGUUCAGACGCAUUCUUAAGAGAUUUUUAUAUGAAGUGAAUAAAAUGAAAGCAUG